AUGAAGCUCAAUUUACUUGGAACCACCGUGAUUCUGCUAGUUGCCUUCUUACCGCUCUACGAAUGUCGGGCUUUUGAGAUCCCUGGCGGUGCCCUGCGCGUCCCAGCUCCCCAAACCCAAAACUCCCAGCAGCAGCAGCAUGCUGGCCCCAUCCUGGAGCGACUCGGAGAGGAGUAUUUCAUCCGACUGGGCAGCGGGGACACUAACUCUUUUCCAUCGUCGCCCAUGUAUCCCGGCGGAUCACCUGCCAUCUACAACAGAGCAUUGCAGCUCCAGCUGACACGGCGUCUUUUACAAGGGAGAGUUGGAGACGUCAGGGCGCUCAUAAGCGGCUUCGGAGACCGCGGGGACGAGUCGAUGGAGAGGGGAAGGAGGUCCGAGGACCCACCGAUAUCCCUGGAUCUGACCUUCCACCUGCUGCGGGAGAUGAUGGAGAGGUCCAAGGCGGAACAGCUGGCCCAGCAAGCGCAAAAUAACAGAAGAAUGAUGGAGCUCUUCGGGAAAUGA